GGGGAGGGAGGGAGGCGUCCCACUGGAAACGUCUUCUGUGUGAAGUGGUGAGAGAAUCAGAUCGUCCAGCAUUCAGCCGACUUCUCUCCUGGUGCCGCUGCUCCACAAAGACAAGCAGAUCAUCCACAGGCAGCUGAGUCUGUUUACCUCCGUCUCUAAACUUCCCAUUAAAACCAACACCCUCCCCAUCGAGCCCUGGGUCUGAAACUCAGCUCCUGAGGCCUCGGAUCUGAACGAUCUGUUAUUACUGCACAAACAGCUGCGAGGAAAACCACCGACUGCAGACUUUAAAGAUGAGGAUGUGGAUCGUCUUCCUCCUGUGCCUGGCCGGCCACGCCAUGGCUGCUCCUACUGAGGAGGUGCUAGUGACUGAGGAGCCUGUGUAUGAGGAGAUUGAUGAUGCUGUGCCAGUGAUUGAUGAGACAGUUGACGAGGAGCCCGAGGUGGGAGCCAACCCAGUGCAGGUCGAUGUGGGAGAGUUCGACGAGGCCAUCGAGAUCGUUGAGGAAGAGGUUCUGGACAAUCCCUGCCUGAACCACCACUGCAAGAAGGGCAAAGUGUGCGAGGUGGACGAGGACAACACCCCCCUGUGUGUGUGCCAGGACCCCACCACCUGCACCGCUGCCGAGGGAGAGUUCGAGCACGUUUGCGGCACCGACAACAAGACCUACGACACCUCCUGCCACUUCUUCGCCACCAAGUGCGCCCUGGAGGGAACCAAGAAGGGCCACAAGCUGCACCUGGACUACAUCGGGCCCUGCAAACACAUCGACACCUGCCUGGACCACGAGCUGAGCGAGUUCCCCCUGCGCAUGAGGGACUGGCUGAAGAACGUCCUGGUGACUCUGUACGAGCGCGACGAGGACAACAACCUGCUGACCGAGAAGCAGAAGCUCAGGGUGAAGAAGAUCUACGAGAACGAGAAGCGGCUGCAGGCCGGCGAACACUCCCUGGACCUGCUCGCCCACGACUUCGAGAAGAACUACAACAUGUACAUCUUCCCCGUGCACUGGCAGUUCGGACAGCUCGACCAGCAUCCCGUCGACGGGUACCUGACCCACACAGAGCUGUCCCCCCUGCGUGCCCCCCUCAUUCCCAUGGAGCACUGCACCACCCGCUUCUUCGAGGAGUGCGACGCCGACAGCGACAAAUACAUCGCCCUGGAGGAGUGGGCCGCCUGCUUCGGAGUCAAGGAGCAGGACGUGGACAAGGACCUGGUCAUCUAAGCUCCUCAGAGCCGCAGCAGUCUGACUCCUAGUCGCUCCUAACGGGACAAGGUGCUGAUCCCUAAGUUAAAAAAUCUCAGUAACGGUGCUAAUUGCAAAUUAUUUUUUAUUUUGUUUUUGUUUGAAUUAUGACUUUUCCUACCUAUACCACUAAAAAGAUUACAAAAGAGAAACGUGCACAGUCUGUACUGACUUUGAAUUCUCCUGUUGGUGGAACAAAACUCCCAGUAAAGUAAACUAAAGACCUCUGGUGUAAAUGUAUGUUGUGGACAAUAUUAUUUCAGACGCUAUGAUUUGUUCAGGGUUUUAAACGGAGAACAAUUUGAAAAACGUUUUUAUUGAGGAGACAAAAACUGUAAAGUCCAAAAUAAAGUUUCUAAAUAAAUGCUCCCUCUGCUUGCUUUCUACCAAACCACGGUUUAGUUGUUGCACUCUGUCGGUGGUGGACUCCUUAUUUUGUGUAUUUGGGUUUUUGAACCUUUGACUACUGCUUGUUCGUUGUUAUUUUCCAAACAGAGUCCGUGUCCAGCCCGAGGACACGCGUGUACUGAUAUUUUUGAAGCAAUAAAGACGAUAUGUUGUUUUGGACGUGUCACUGAGGGGAA